GCCGAAUAUGUGAGGAGAGAACAAAGGGACAUUUUACGACAAAGUCACAUAACUGAUGCAUUACGCCUACAUAUCUUUAUCACCAUGGUUACUUUGGAGUAAUGAUGGUCAAUAGGUGUGUGUCGACGAAAAUGGUUAUCUUCCCGGUAUCGAUAAUGGUUUGGAUUGUUGUGCUUUCGUCGUUUGCGAUGCUGCAAGGCUGAAUAAGACAGGUUUCCAGGGUGCAUGCAUGGGAGGAACCGUGUGGAACAAUGACCUGAAAGUAUGUGAUGAUCCCAAAUACGUUCCAGACUGUGACCCAACAACUUGUGUCGUUCCCAAAAGAACAGGUGCACCUUGCGCAGACGCACAGCCUUCAGGCACCACAUGCUGUGUUGGACAAAACCCAGACCAAGGAAUCAAUGGGUAUGAACCAGUCUUCACUGCUGGACCCUCAGAAGGUGGCUACUACGUAGGAUCCGACGUCGAUAUCGAACUUGAAUCAUUCUGCCCAUUCGGACAGAUCUUUGUAUUGGAAGACUGUUGCUGCGAAUAUGAGUUUGUAGAGGAUGCAAUUUGUGCCGAAGAUCCCGAAAGUUUCUUCUUUGCAAACCCAGAUGAUCCAUGUUGUUCAUUCCUCCAAUGUUGGGCCAACAGAACUGGUUACGAUACCUUGAACUGUAUGGGAGGAAGUGUCUAUAACGCCGAAAAUCAAACAUGCGACACAAUUUACAAUGUCAUGGAUUGCAUGGAGGCUGUCUGCGAUAACGAUUUUACCGAUCCACCAUGUGACGACUCUGGACUUGGGGAUUGUUGCCGUGCCGGAACCUGGUUCAAUGCUGUUGCCGAUGACCCCAUACAAUACGAAAUUGUAGCUGGACAAGGAAAGGGAGAAUCAAGCCCAUCCGGUGUUAACAGACUAAGCUGUUGCCCAGUCAACAUGGCAGGUGAACAGAUGGAAUUCAAUGCUACACCAGGCAUCUGUUGCUGUGAAGUUCCAGCAGAAGCCCUUUAAAUUGUUAUUUUGUACACUUUUAGCAAUAA